AUUAGAUUCCAUCAUCAUGGUUGCUGUUGCCGCCGACGAGCUCAAGGCCCUAGAGGAAUGCUUGCUCAAUACUUCGGGCAAGGUGCCUCUACAUGUUCGAUUCAGAGCCCUAUUCACCCUCAAGGGCUUGGACAACGAUGAAGCCGUGGACAUCAUUUCGAAAGGAUUCGACGACCCUUCGGCACUGCUGAAACAUGAGCUCGCCUACUGCUUGGGUCAGUUGAAGAAGGAAUCGGCUCUACCCAAGCUCGAAGCUGUCCUGAGGGAUACCGCUGAAGACCCAAUGGUCAGACAUGAGGCCGCUGAAGCAAUCGGUGCCAUCUCUUCCAAGGGCUCAAUACCUGUCCUGGAGGAGUUCUUGAAAGAUUCUGAGAGGGCUGUGCGAGAAACCUGCGAGAUCGCAAUCGCUAAAAUUCAAUGGGAUCAUUCCGAGGAAGCUAAAAGGCAGCGCGAGGCAGAGAACGCGGUCCCAUACACAUCCAUUGACCCUGCACCAGCUACAUCGAAAUUGCUGGCUGGCAAGCCCAAGCCCGAGGACAUUUCCUCUGAAUCAAUCCAAGCCCUACAGGCCCAAUUGGUCGACACCAAACUGCCUCUUUUCGAACGUUAUCGGGCGAUGUUUGCCCUUAGGAACAUCGGGACCGCGGAGGCUGUCGAUGCCCUUGCCUCCGGAUUCGCCGAUGACAGUGCUUUGUUCAAACACGAAAUCGCAUUCAUCUUCGGUCAGAUGCUAUCCCCCCACUCCGUACCUGCGCUACUUCAAGUCCUUCAAAAUGCUUCGGAAUCCGACAUGGUUCGCCAUGAAGCCGCCGAAGCUCUAGGCGGAAUCGCCACACCUGAAGUCUUGCCUCACCUGCGGGAAUGGAUGACUAGGGAGGAUUCGCCCCAGGUCGUUCGCGAGAGCUGUCAAGUAGCUAUUGACAUGUGGGAGCAUGAGAACUCGGGAGAAUUCCAAUAUGCCAAUGGAUUGGAGACCGUGGCGAAUGUCUCGGUCGCCGCCUAA